ACUGUUCCCCAGGACUUUUGGCAGGAGGAUCAAACCCUUUGGCAACUUUUAUUUGGAAGUAGAAACUGUACAGUCAUUGGCUAUAUGGCAAGUGAUAGGCCUACUUCAGUAGUAGAAGUCUAUUUAGAAAACGGAGCACGCAAUAGCCUGUUUCAUGACGGACAUAAGACGGCGUUACACGUGGUCAGUAUCAGCAUCGAUCUAACUUCACUCACUGGUCUAAGAAACAAUGAAGAUGGGAACAGCAUUGAUUUAUGACGAAGAAAUGACCAAAUACAAGCUACUCUGGGUUGACCCUGCAUGUAAGAUCGAGGUACCCGAGCGUCUGAUAGUGAGUCAUGAUGCUUUGGUCAAGAACGGCCUAGCUGAUCGCUGUGUCACUGUUCCUGUCCGCGAGGCGACAGAGACAGACAUUCUGCUGGUUCACAGUGAGGAGUACUUGGAGGCAGUGAAGAAGACUCCCCAUAUGACUCUGGAGGACCUGAAGGAGUUCACCCAGCAAUAUGGUGACGUCUACUUCCACCCAAACAUCUAUCACUGUGCCAAGCUGGCUGCAGGGGCCACACUGCAACUAGUGGACAGUGUUAUGACCGGGAAGGUGAGGAAUGGCAUGGCCCUGGUCAGACCACCAGGACACCACAGUAUGCGCAGUGCUGCCAGUGGAUUCUGUGUGUUCAAUAAUGUGGCCAUAGCAGCUCAAUAUGCCAAGCAAAAAUAUGGGGUUAAAAGGGUGUUGAUAGUUGACUGGGAUGUACAUCAUGGUCAAGGGGUGCAGUACUGCUUUGAAGAUGAUCCAAGCGUGCUCUACUUCUCAUGGCACCGCUAUGAACAUCAGAAAUUCUGGCCUCAACUUAAAGAAUCAGACUACAACAGUGUUGGCAAAGAGAAUGGGGCAGGAUUCAAUAUAAAUGUACCAUGGAAUAAGGUAGGAAUGAAGAACAGCGACUAUCUUUCAGUCUUCUGUCACGUCCUUCUGCCAGUCGCAUAUGAGUUUUGUCCAGACUUGGUCCUGGUGUGUGCAGGCUUUGACUCAGCCAUCGGCGACCCUGAGGGUGAAAUGUGUGCCAGCCCAGACAUUUUUGCCCACCUCACUCACCUCCUGAUGAACCUCGCAGGAGGGAAACUGUGUGCUGUGCUGGAGGGAGGAUACAACCUGACUUCUCUCGCACAGUCUGUGUGUCAAACAGUGCAGACCUUGCUUGGAGAUUCUGCGCCUCGACCUGCAAACCUCAAUGGUCCCUGUAAAAGUGCACUUGAGUCCCUUCACUGUGUCCGGUCAGCUCAUAGGCGGUACUGGUCCUGCCUCAAACAUGCAGCUGAACUACCCACCUCUGAUAUCAGCACAAAGCGCAUUAAAUUAGCAGAAGAAGAAGAAAAGUUAGAGAAAGGAGAAGAGGAGAAAAGCGUAGAGGAAAAGCUGUGGCCAGAGCCUCCAAAAAGAGUCACUCCUCCUAUCCGCACUGCUUUGGUCCUCCCUGAUGGUGUGGCUUGCCCAGACGGAUGUUCACGCUUCAGCUCAUCAGAGGGUCCUGACGCUGUCAUAGUCAGCAGACUUAAGGAGAAUUUCCUCAAAGAUACGGAUGACCGCGAUGCUCUCACAACCCUCUCCAGUCUUAUUGCCCUCUUAGAGAAAAUGGAGAAGAAUGAGGUCUGCAGUGGCUUGGCGCUGGUCCGUGACGUCUCCAUGGCGAUGACUUGUGUUGUCCAGCAUGCUGCAGCUGCUCCCAGCGACCGGGUUUUGGUUGUGUGUGUUGGAGAUGCGGUGGUCCCGAGUCACGGAACAGAGGACGGCAAAACACUCCUGGUGCAGUUCAGCAACAAGCAGUCAGAGGAACAGAAAAGCAAAUAUUACAUUCCUGUGUGUCUGAAGAAGGGCUGCAGUGACGUGUCAGGGUUCACACAGGCCGUGUUGGGCUUCCUCCUGCCUCUGGGAUACGAGUAUGACCCAAGUCUGGUUCUGUUAGUUCGGACACCAGAUAGUGGGUUGUGUGACGGAGUGUGGCAACAACUAACAGGCCUGCUGCAGGGCCUGGCACAAGGACACACACUGGUACUCAUGCAGGAAGGUGAGAAGGCAUGUGUUGGCCCCACAGCCUCCUCUCUCCUCGGGGACGCUGCCCCCCCGCUGGGGCAGCUACGUGCUCCUCUACCAGAAGAUGUGGCGGCACUGGAGAGGCUGAGACACAUACUCCAGGCGGACUGGAAGCUUCUGCAGACUACAGCACCAGAAACCGGAGGAGGUGAUGAGUGCUGAAGCCGAUCCUGCACCUUUUUGUAAAGAAAUCAGUUGAAGCACAUCAAUCAGAAUGGCUAUAUAAAAUGUUAUUGUCUAAACUGAGUUUUUGUUAUACACAUUUAAUGUUUUUAAAAAAUGCAUAAUCUAAAUGAAUCA